AUGUCGGAUCAGCUCAUCUCCUCCGUCAAACAGUGCGUGACCAGCGAGGGAGAAUCUGAGUGUCAACUAUGCCGUCAGAGGGGGAUCGAGUGCAUCACGAUUCAGGGCGAUGGCAGAAGAAGAACGACCGGGUCAAAUGGGCAAUUUCGGCGGUUGAAAGACCAGGUGCAGGAACUGGAAUCUCUUUUGGCACAAGAACGACGGAAAAACAGUCACCAAGCCGACCUCCCACCGCCGGGUCUCGCCUCGAGCUCGGACGGCCGCCAUCAUUCUUCGAAAAGCACAACUUCGUCAACGUACCAGACUUCCAGCACAGGGGGAUUUGGCCCUGAGCACCGACGGCCAGAAGUCGCCCCGCCUGGAGAGCAUCCCUCGGCGUCUGAAGCAUUUGCCGACCAGGGCUCAGAUCAACCCUCUCCGAUGAGUUCGACCGGCAGUAGCAAAGGUAUCGUCGAUAGGCUACUAGAUCCUUUUGGGCAGCUCACCAUCGACCAUGGCACUGGGCGUCUACGAUAUUUUGGCCCGACGACAAACCUGCAUACCUUCUGGGAUGUCAAUGUCUCGACCGAUGUGGGCCAGCGGAGGGAAAACAAUCAAAUCACCACGGCGGUUCUUCGCAAUCUAUCAGUCGAGACCCACGAUUACUUGAUGUACUGCUUCUGGACGUAUCACAACAUCAUCUUCCACAUUGUCCACAAGGAAGCCUUCUACAAGGACAAAGAGAGUGAGCGGGGGAACAACUAUUCCGGCCUGCUUCACAUCUGCAUUCUGGCCAUGGGAUAUCGCUUCUCGGACAAGUCAAAGCCCUCGAUUCAGAAGCUGGCGCUCCCGGAUUGUCCGAGAGAGUCCAUGUUGCACCAGGAAGCGAAGAGGCUCUUCGAAUACGAGCUCAAGCAUCCGGGGGGAAUCCCCUCCAUCCAAGCCUUACUCCUGCUGGCAGAUCUGGAGUGCGGAUCCGGCCGGGACAAUACUGGCUGGAUGUACGCAGGAAUGGCGUGUCGCCUUUGCUUUGAUCUGGGGCUGAAUCUUGACUGUACCGGGCUUGGGCUCAGCCGUGAAGAGAUUCAGGUCCGACGCCUGGUCUUGUGGGCGUGCUGCAUCUACGACAAAUAUUGGUGUCUCUAUCUGGGACGGAGGACUACUAUAAAGUCCUCCGACAUUGAAAUUUUACCCGCGGCGGACGCGGCCGAUCGACUGGGAGGCCUUCAGCCAUCGGGCGUGGAGAAGGCCCUUGACACGAGGAUCUAUCUAGCCUUGUUGGACCUUAUGGAUAUUGCGGGACAACUGACUGACAAUCUCCACAUCCAUGCGAACCAGCUCAGCCACAACUAUUACUCCAACGUCGCCGCGGUGGACGGGGAGCUGAAUUCGUGGUACAAGCGACUCCCUCCCGAUCUUCAGUGGACGCCCGAGAAUGUCAGCACGGCGCCUUCUUCAUUCUUCCUCCUGCACCAGCAGUAUCAUUCAACCAUUGUCCUUUUACAUCGACCCUUCAUUCGAGGACAUGCUGGCCGGGAAGACGGCGGCCUCGAAGCCUCCGAGGUGAUGCCCGAUCGUCUCUCUCAUAUGUCGCAAACAAUCUGCCUCGAGCAUGCCACUCGAGUUGCCCAGAUCUUGAAAGAACAUCAGCAAAGGUUCGAUCCUCGACGAUUCUGCUUAACUGUGCUCCAACACUCGGGCACAGCUGCGGCGGCGUUGAUUGCUCGAGUCCGCACUGUUGACGACCCGGUGGAUCGAUUGGAAUUGUUGCGCCACUUGGAAUGUCUGACCCAAGUUCUCUCGGCCAUGUCCCCAACUCUCCAGCCGGCCGAACGCAUGUCGAAUCUCCUGAACGAGGUAUUGGCAGAAGCGGGCGUCGUGUUCAAGAAGACGCCCGGCCUGGAGCGAGGGCAGCCCCGACGAGAAAUCUCGUCGCUCCGCAGAGCCAGUUCACGGCAGGACGAGGAGGAUGAACCGAGUGCGAAGAGACAGCAGACCCAAGGAUCGCUACCCAACGAGGUGGAACCCCCGAGCAUGCUUUUCGAGGAAAUGUUCCACGGGCAGAUCGGAACCUCUGAGUUAGCAUCGACGCUGGACGCCGACUUUUCCCUCGCUGGAUUUGGCCCCGACCACAUGAUGGAUGACCAGACCGUGACUCCGUGUACACAACCCUCGUUGAUGCCUCAACCUCUUCCCGCCAUGGCUGUCUCCGUGCCAGAAGCGCGGGCGGCCAACAGAUUUUCCAUGUUUUCGUCCAACGGCUGGGAAGCCUUUGUUCCUGCUUCAGCUCACGUGUACCAACCGAUGGACUCGCCGGAAGACUGGAGUGAGAUAUUGAGGGAUUUUGGCUCCAACAUCUAA